GCUUUUUCCAGAUCUGACGCACCCUCUUCUCUCUCAAAAUCACAGUCCAACGACUCGUCUAUCUUUCGGAUUCUGUUAUCCUCUCCGCCGCAUGGAGUCUCUUGAGCUAUCUCGGGUAAUUCUGAGUGCUAAUUCCGCUCUAAACAAAGGCAAUUCUGGAGUCGUAAGCCAGCUCGGCUUCGAUUCUCUGCUGAAAAGAAGAUGUAAAAAUGGCUCCCUGCGUCUCAGAAGCUCCCUUUCUGGUGGAAAGAGUGGUUCACAAGACGGGCCUUCUGCUUUUGAAGACGAAGGUCGAGAAUUUAAGAAGAGAGAAAGGGCACUGGUAUUAGCCAAAGAGACGGAUGCUUCUGGCUUACUAGUUGGCUUUCAUUUGAUUCCUCAUUCUGGCACAAUUGUAGAAGAUGAAACUGCUGAUAGAGUAGAACAAUCUGAAAGCAUGCAAGUUGAAGAAUCUGAAGAUACAGAAGGAGAAGAGAAAGCUCAAACUAAAGUUUCAUAUAAUAUUGUUUUUGUUACUUCCGAAGCUAAACCAUAUUCAAAAACUGGGGGACUAGCAGAUGUUUGUGGUUCUUUGCCUAUAGCACUAGCAGCUCGUGGACAUCGGGUAAUGGUUGUUUCACCCAGAUACCUACGUGGUACUUCUGAGGAUUCUAUUUAUUCUGGUACCGUUGAUCUGGAUCACCAUUCCAAGAUAAAUUGCUUCGGAGGGGUUCAUGAAGUUGGCUUUUUUCAUGAGUAUAGAAAAGGUGUUGAUUGGGUAUUUGUGGAUCACCCCUCAUACCAUAGGCCUGGAAAUCCAUAUGGGGAUAGUUAUGGGGCUUUUGGUGAUAACCAGUUUCGGUUCACUUUACUUUGCCAUGCAGCAUGUGAAGCCCCGCUAGUGCUUCCAUUGGGAGGAUUCACUUAUGGAGAGAAAUGCCUUUUCCUUGUUAAUGACUGGCAUGCCAGUCUAGUCCCUGUACUUUUGGCAGCAAAAUAUCGCCCACAUGGAGUAUACAAAGAUUCUCGCAGUAUAUUGGUGAUCCAUAACAUUGCCCAUCAGGGAGUGGAACCUGCAAUCACAUAUGGUAACUUGGGACUGCCUCUGGAAUGGCGGGGAGCACUGGAAUGGGUGUUUCCUACUUGGGCAAGGACUCAUGCUCUUGACACGGGUGAAGCUGUCAAUUUUCUAAAAGGUGCAAUUGUGACAGCUGACAGGAUACUAACAGUUAGCAAGGGCUAUUCUUGGGAGAUAACAACAAGUGAAGGAGGAUAUGGUCUACAUGACCUGUUAAGCAGUCGAAGAAGUGUUCUCAAUGGGAUCACCAAUGGAAUUGAUGUUGCUGAAUGGGACCCAUCAUCGGAUGAAUAUAUUGCUUGCCACUAUUCUGCUGAUGACUUUUCUGGGAAGGUCCAAUGCAAAAUUUCUUUGCAGAAGGAAUUGGGUCUUCCCAUUCGGCCAGAUUGUCCAUUGAUUGGAUUCAUUGGAAGACUGGACUACCAGAAAGGUAUUGACCAGAUUCGGUUGGCAACUCCAGAGCUCAUGGAAGAUGAUGUUCAAUUUGUUAUGCUUGGUUCAGGAGACCCUAGUUAUGAAGACUGGAUGAGAGCAACAGAGUCAGCUUAUGAGGACAAAUUACGGGGUUGGGUUGGAUUUAAUGUUCCCGUUUCUCAUAGAAUAACUGCAGGCUGUGAUAUACUACUGAUGCCAUCCGCAUUUGAACCCUGUGGGCUAAAUCAGUUGUAUGCAAUGAGAUAUGGAACAAUACCAGUGGUUCAUGAAACUGGAGGACUAAGAGAUACUGUAAAAAAUUUUAAUCCAUAUGCUGAAGGUGGCAACGGUGAUGGUACAGGGUGGACGUUUUCUCCUCUAACUAAAGAAAGCAUGUUAGUGGCACUGAGAUAUGCCAUUCUAACAUAUAGAGAACACAAAUCUUCUUGGAAGGGUUUGAUGAGAAGAGGAAUGGCGAGGGACUCCACGUGGGAAAAUUCUGCUACUCAGUAUGAACAAGUCUUCGAAUGGACAUUCAUGGAUCCAACAUAUGUUUCCUGAUGAAGACCAAUCAGUGGAUAGAAUGGAAGAACAGAUCCACGCCACUUGACUUUCAAGUUCGUAGGAAGCUAUUUUGAGGGUUGUACAUAUUCUUACCUAUAUUGGACCUCAUUUUUGGUUUUUCACUAGACACUUACUUUUGGUCGUAUUUAUUUUUUUAUUUGCAACUGUUUGAUGCGGUUUCCUAUUGUUUACAAAGCAAAGGGAAAGGAAGAAUCAUAUUUAUUAUCUAUGACUGUUAUCGAUUUUAUA